AUGGAUAUUCUGAAGAUUUUGUCCCGAGGGACAAAGAGGUCUGCCGCUCAACAAGCUAUUCAAAAACCUAUCGCAAAACCUUCAAAUCCCCAGCUCUACAAUGAUCCUACUCGAGGUAUCAAGCGCAAAAGGAACGAGGUUACCUCGACGCUAGAAGCCGACGGUGAUCUGGAUGAGAUAAACUUUUUUGCGCCUCGAAUGGCUAAAAAGCCAAGUCCCGAACCCGAGAUUCGGGAAAUAGCUAAAGAAAACGCGCCAAUGCCAGUACUUGAUGAGGAAGAAGUCCGACAAGUUCUUAGGUCGCAUCGUUUAAAGUUUACUCUACUUUCCUCCCACGAAGAAAAAAAGAAAAAGGUGAAGAAGUCCAAAAAGAAGGAAGAAGCAAAGCCAAAAGCGAAAGAUGUCAAGAAGCAACUUUUCCCGCAGCCAUUGACCUCGUUUUCCGAACUACGUUCUGUAUACAAUAUCUCGACUAGACUAGGGGAGAAUCUCGCAAAGCAAGGGUAUCGGAUACCAACUGAAGUACAAUUGGGCAGCCUACCCCUUUUAUUACAACCAGAUAGGGCGAUACUGACGUCUACUGCCGAAGAAUUAAACUUCAACACUGACAAUGGCAUUGAUUUCUUGGCAGUCGCGCCAACCGGCAGCGGCAAGACGCUCGCGUUCUUGAUCCCAGCCAUCAACAGCAUCUUACGCAGGAGAGCUGGUGAUACAGCGCAUAAAGAGCAUGUGUUAGAAGUGGUGGUGGUUGCGCCUACGCGAGAGCUUGCUCACCAAAUUGUUAACGAAGGUAGAAAACUGGCGCAGGGCACAGGGGUCAAGAUCGUGGGGAUGAAAAAGGGCAUACAAAUACCCGCAGAAGGCCAGGUAGAUGCUGAUGAUGGGGAUACCUCUGGAAGUGAGGAUGAGGCCGGUAGUGCUGAUGAUGAUUCGGAAGGCGAACAGAAAAAGAUGACAACAACUAAAACGGAUAUACUAGUCACAACGCCAAUGCUUUUACGGAACUAUCUAAAAUCGAGGACGUUGCCGACGGUCAAAUUAUUGAUCCUAGACGAGGCAGAUGUUCUUCUUGACCCCCUUUUCCGCGAGCAGACUCUUGGGAUCUGGUCUGCUUGUACUAAUGAAUCAUUGCGACUAACAUGCUGGUCUGCGACUAUGGGUUCCAGCAUUGAAGGUCUCGUCUUAGAGCAAUUGAAGUCCCGGGAAUCUUCUUCCAUCCCUCUAGUCCGUCUUGUAAUUGGACUAAAAGACACCGCAGUCCCAAGCAUAAACCACAAACUCAUCUAUACCGCUACUGAGCAGGGCAAAUUGUUUGCGCUCCGUCAACUUUUACACCCUAAAUCUUCGGACGAUUCGAUGCCGCAAAUGCGACUCCCUUUUCUAGUAUUCGCACAGACAAUCGAGCGUGCUACAGCUCUGCAUGAUGAAUUAAAGUUCGAUAUACCUCCGGAAGCCGGCGGCUCGUCUCGUAUCGCAGCUCUCCAUUCAUCUCUGUCAGACUCGGCCCGUUCGAGCAUUGUCGCUCGGUUCCGUGCAGGUGAAAUCUGGGUCCUAAUCACAACCGAUCUACUCAUGCGAGGCAUCGACUUCCGUGGAGUCAACGGCGUGAUUAAUUACGACGUCCCAACGUCCGCAGCAGCCUACGUCCACCGUGUAGGCCGAACCGGACGAGCGGGUCACGAAGGCGGUAUGGCUGUAACAUUUUACACUACUGAGGAUGUCACGUACCUUAAAAGCAUUGCAAACGUCAUCUCUCUGAGCGAGAAACAAGCUGGGAAGAGUAGCCAGGAUAGCAUUCCUAAAUGGCUAAUAGAUUCACUGCCGAAGGUUGGCAAAGAAGAAAAGAAGAAGCUGAAACAACGGGGUGUGGAGUCUCGACGAGGCACCAAGGCUGCUAAGAUAACGACGCAGAGCGCGUGGGAGAGGCGAAAGGAGUAUAAUAAACGCGGAGCAAUUGCAGGAAGUAAGAAGAGGAAGACUCAGGAGACAAUUAGUGAUACCCAGGGGCAAGACGACAGCGAAUGGGCCGGAAUAGGGGAUUGA